AUGCUGCGGUAUCUCCUCAAUACCCUUCUACAGAUGAACCUUUUUACCGACACCAUCCCAAACUCCAACAAUGGCACCGAUCUGUUUUUCAACAGCUCCCUGUCAUCCUUCAACAGCUCUCUGCUGGACUGGGGAAACAUCACGGGCUUCAAUGGAUCUCGACCCAGGUUAGAGGAUGCUGCCCCACGAGUUGUUGAACAUCCAUCGGAUUUGAUUGUUUCGAAGGGAGAGCCAGCCACCCUCAACUGUAAAGCAGAGGGACGUCCGACACCCAUGGUGGAAUGGUACAAAGAUGGCGAGCGAGUUGAAACGGACCGCGAAGACCCUCGGUCUCACAGGAUGCUUUUACCCAGCGGUUCCCUAUUCUUCUUACGAAUUGUACAUGGUCGGCGGAGCAAACCUGAUGAAGGGGUCUACGUCUGUGUGGCACGAAACUACCUGGGUGAGGCAGUCAGUCGUAAUGCAUCGCUGGAAGUGGCAAUUUUAAGAGACGAUUUCCGUCAGACACCCAGUGAUGUGGUGGUCGCAGCAGGUGAGCCAGCUGUCAUGGAGUGUAUCCCCCCCAGAGGACAUCCUGAGCCGACCAUCUCAUGGAAGAGAAAUAAUGUUCAGGUCAACGACAGAGAUGAGAGGAUCACGAUCCGAGGAGGCAAAUUGAUGAUUUCCAACACACGAAAAAGUGAUGCUGGCAUGUACGUGUGUGUUGGCACCAACAUGGUUGGAGAAAAAGACAGUGAUCCUGCUGAACUGGUUGUAUUUGAGAGGCCAAUGUUCACUAAACAACCGGUAAACCAAGUGGUGUUGGCUGACGAAACGGUGGACUUCUUUUGCGAAGUGCAUGGGGAUCCAACACCAACAGUUCGUUGGCGAAGAGAAGAAGGGGAGUUGCCUCGGGGCAGGUAUGAGAUCCGCACUGACAACAGUCUGCACCUGAACCAGGUGCGAGCAGAAGACGAGGGCACAUACACAUGUGUAUCAGAGAACAGUGUGGGCAAAGCAGAGGCGGCAGCUACCCUGCAAGUACAUGUUGGCUCAUCAAUGCCACCUCAGAUUGUUGUGCGGCCACGGGACCAGAUCACAGCACCAGGACGCACUGUAACCUUUCUCUGCGGUACAAAAGGAAACCCUCCACCGGCUGUGUUUUGGCAAAAAGAAGGAAGCCAGAUCCUGCUGUUUCCUAUUCAGGAACAAACACAACAAGGCCGCUUUUUUGUGUCGCUUAAUGGAGAGCUAACCAUUAUCGACGUCCAUGUCGAGGACUCUGGCUACUACAUUUGCCAGGCCAUCAGCGUUGCGGGAAGCAUACUUACAAAAGCUCUGUUAGAGGUGGAAAGCGAACCCUCAGAUCACGUCCCCCCCAUCAUCCGACAAGGACCAGCAAAUCUUACAUAUGCACCAGGGUCAACCGCACAGUUACACUGCCACAUCAUGGGGAACCCUGUUCCCAGUAUCCAAUGGGAGAAAGACGGCCAGAGGAUUCUAUUGAAUGAUGCUCGAAUAAGCCUAAUGGAAAACGGCACUUUCCAAAUUGCCAAUCUUCAGGAAACCGACUCUGGUGUUUAUACCUGCCUGGCUGCCAGCUCCAGUGGUGAAACAAGUUGGAGUGGGGUGCUCACCGUCGAAGAGAAUGCAGACCCAUCAGUUGCGCAGACCGCCGAGCCUUUCCAGUUGCCAGGUCCGCCGCACAAACCCAUUGUCACUGACGUCUCCAAGAACAGUGUCUCUUUGACCUGGCAACCUAAUGCUCAUGAGGGCGGAGCUGCAGUGACCUCCUAUAUCGUGGAGGCCUUCAGCCAGUCAGCCGGCAGCACUUGGCAAACUGUAGCCGACAUGGUGAAGAUGGAAACACACACAAUCACUGGCCUUUUUCCCAACACCAUCUACUUGUUUAUUGUUCGAGCUGUCAAUGUGUAUGGCUUGAGCGACCCGAGCCCCAUUUCGGAGCCUGUCAGAACACAAGAUGUGAGUCCAACAGGGCAGGGAUUGGACCACAGGCAGUUGCAGAGAGAACUGGGCGAGGUGGUGGUCCAACUGCAAGAGCCCAUCAGACCAACUUCUUCCUCCAUUCGAGUCUCCUGGGCUGUUGAUCGUCAAUCUCCGUAUGUGCAGGGCUAUCGCCUCUUUUACCGCCCCAGUGCCGGAAUAUGGCUCCUUCAAGACAUCAACUCUCCCUCAGAGCGUAGUACUGUACUAACUGGCUUGCUCAAAGGAACUCAGUACGAGAUAAAGAUCCGGCCUUAUUUUGAUGAAUUCCAGGGGAAAGACAGUCGCACAAUACUUGUUCGAACUCCAGAAGAAGUGCCUAUUGCCCCACCAAGAGCUGUUACUGUGGCGACAGUGAAGCAAAGCAACAGUUCUAGCAUAAUUGUCUCCUGGGAACCUCCACCCAAUGACAUGCAAAACAGUAUCAUCCAGGAAUACAGGGUUUGGUGUAUGAGUAGUGGCAAAAACAACCACACAAUCAACUACAUCAACAAGACAGUGGAAGGGAACACUUUGUCCACAACGUUGAAAGGCCUAAUGCCUGGUGUCCUUUACCAGCUUGAGGUCGCAGCCGUUACUGCUGCUGGCGUCGGCACUCACAGUCAACCUUUGCCCAUUUUCAUCAAGAUGGCAGCUGAACAGCCCUCUGCGCCAGGCGUCGCUGACGCUGGCACCGACAGCGAGGAAAGCAACGUCAGUCUGGCCGGGCAAAUCACCGAUGUGGUCAAGCAGCCUGCUUUCAUCGCGGGCAUCGGUGGAGCCUGCUGGGUCAUCCUCAUGGGCUUUAGCGUCUGGAUCUAUUGCCGACGCAAAAAGAGAAAGGAGUUGAGCCAUUACACUGCUUCUUUUGCUUACACAGCUGCAGUUGGAUUUCCCCCUGGCGAGGGAUCUGGACACAAUGGAAGGCCAGGCGUGCUGGGAGGCAACAUGGGCAACUACCCGUGGUUAGCAGACUCUUGGCCCACCACCAACCUGGUUCACAGUAGUAAAGAGGCUGUCAACUGCUGCACCACCAGUGAUGACACAGCUGAGCGAUACUACAAUGAAGCCGGCAUCUCCAACUACCUGAAUCAGACCGAGAAAUACAGCAUUGGCGGCUCCACUGAGGGGCCCAUUUACAGCACUAUUGAUGCCACUAGCGAGGACCUUCACAACUUCAACUACAGCCAUCAUGCCUCAACCACUCCUUAUGCCUCCACAUCCAUUAUGCCCUUCUCAAACCAAAUGCAGAGCCCAGCCCAUGGUAGUGAGCAACAGGAUGAGGGGCACUGGAUCACCAAGCCGGGAACCUCUGGAGCUCAGUAUGCUCAACCGGAGCGCUGCACUGGAAAGCCAAAACAAAAGACCAUGGGAAAGGCUGUUAAGACACCAUCUCUAUCAUGGGUGGAGACAUUGCCCCCACCACCCCCGGUUGGAGAUCUGGAACAGUGUGAACAGGAUGAUGACCUCCCAGACAAUGAGGAUAUGGUUAUAGGCUUAGAUGAAGAAUGGUGUCCUCCCCUCCCAGAAAGAACAUACCUGAUGGAGGGCUGUGAAGACAGCAACCAUGCCUCCUCUCCUGCAACAUCCUAUAGUCAUCAGUCCACCGCUACACUUACCCCAUCUCCCAAUGAAGAAGUACAAGCAGCCCAUAAUCUACACCGCCAACGAGAGGGCAAUCAGCUUUCGGGCAGAAGGUUACCAGUUUCGGUUGCACAGGCAACAAGUACAACACCCACCCAGUGCAGCCCCGCCUCUAGCCAACAGCAUCUUGGCUCAUUGGAGUUCGAUCACCUUCAGUGUCAACGCUCUGUCCAUGAUCAGGGGCAGAAUGAGGGAAUCAUCAAUGCAACUUCAUUAGGGCACAGCCGUCCAUCCCCAGCAGAUACAUGCUCACCAACAAACCAAAAAGUUCGUGUAAAAAAGAAGUCUUCCAAGAGUGUUGUAUACAGGAGAGAAAUACAAGGAGACCUGCCUCCACCUCCAGAACCGCCACCAGAGGAGGACAACUAUCGGUCCCAGAGAUGCACGGAAGCCAGUAAAGUUGCUAAUGGCUCUUUAUCCUCUCUGGAGAGGAGCGAAUACAGCAGUGGCAGCCACCAACGCAAAGGCUCAAGGCAAAGACAUGCUGAAACUGCACAUGGUGAGGAGGUGAUGCUGUAUGGUGGUAAACCCGGCUACGUUUCCAGGAACCAGAUGUCCAGUAAUUGCUCGACCACGGGAAGUUCCUCAUCCCGGGGUUCAACAGGCUCCCGGGGGAACAGUGCGACCAAGAAAGGCAGCGAGGUUGGAUACAGUUAA